AUGUCAGCUUCCACAUCAUCAGAUCAUAACGAUGAACCGAUUGGAAAUCUCCUUGGCGCAACAAGCGUUGACGCAAAGAAGAAAAGUGCAAAUUCUUCUUCUAAUCAACAAGUAAGAGAAGAUGGUCAUGGUCCACGUCAUCUACUUGAACAAGAUGCUUAUGGACAAAGAAAAAUACUUGGACAGGAUGAACAUAGAUAG